AACCGCAAAAUUGGGUUUUUGCAACCCACUGGAGGAUGGGUGAGCCCCAAAUGCCCAAAUCCCCAAAUCCCCAUUCAUAAGACCUCAUCUCCAUUUUGGGGGAGCUGCUUGAUGAGAAUUGGCAUACUGGCAUGGACGUGCCGAAUUCUUCAUGGAGAAAAGACUGAAAAACAAGGAGAGAGAUGGGAGAAGGAACAGAGGCUUUUCCAGAUCUUGGAAGACACUGUCAACGUUCAGAUUGCAAUCAACUCGAUUUUCUGCCGUUCAAAUGUGAUGGGUGUCACCAGGCGUUUUGCUUAGAACACAGAACAUACAAGUCCCACGAGUGCCCCAAACCAGAACCCAACAGCAGGAAGGUGGUGGUGUGCGAAAUCUGUUCGACAUCGAUCGAAACCACAGGGCGAGAUGACAAAGAAGAGAAGGCCAUGUUAGAGAGGCAUGAGAAGUCAGGGGAGUGCGACCCGUCAAAGAAGAAGAAGCCAAUUUGCCCAGUUCGGAGGUGCAAGGAGGUACUCACCUUCUCAAAUACAAGCACCUGCAAAACUUGUCAACUCAACUUCUGCCUCAAGCAUCGGUUCCCCAUUGAACAUGCUUGCAAGCAACGGUUGCCAUCCUCGACAACGGGGGCUAAAGAGCGGUGGAGCGACAAGUUCUUGGCGGCGUUGGGGGCUAGGAGUGGGAACGGUUGCGCCAAGAAUGGUGGGCGGACGGUGUCCCCACCUGGUACCAGUCAUCCUGUCAAAGCGUGUUGAGAUUUUAUAUGAUUUGUACAUUUUGUUGAUUAUAAUUUAUAUGCAUUGUUACCACCAGAUGUUAUAUUGGAACCAAUGUUGAAUUCAACAAGAUGAAGGUUUAUGGUAUUA